CAAAAUUUCGACUUAAAUUAAAAUAAUUUGAUAAUUAAAUUAAAAUAUUAAAAUCACAAUGAAAAUAUCGAUGCACGACAUGCGGCAAGGAAUAUCUUCGUAAAUAUAAUUUGCAAAUACACAUGUGAAUUCACACGGGUGAAAGGCCGUGUAAAUGCAAUUUGUGCGAGAAAAGCUUUUCGAAUAAGAGCAAUUUGAUAGGGCAUAUGAUUUUACAUUCGGAUAAAAAGCCGUUCAAGUGCAAUUACAAUGGCUGUAAAGAUAGCUUUAAAAGGAAAGAAGAUUUGAAACAACACAUGUACGCACUCCUCCCUGAUGAGAUUUUAUCUAACAUUUCACCAAAAGAUCCGAAGAUAAUAAGCCGUAAAUGUCACAUAUGUACAAAAGUUUUUCUAUCUCCCGCUGCUUUAAAGGCUCACAUGAGAACUCAUACUAAAGAGCGGCCAUUUUCGUGUAAUGUUUGUAACGGCACUUCUAUUACCAAAAGUAAUUUAAACAGACACAUGAGAAAAAUCCAUUCGAAAAAGGAAACUCCAUCUUGCUUCGAAAAAAGUACACAGGACGUUCAACAACAGCAGAAAGAAUCGUUUGAACAACCAAUCAACAAGUUUUCAAAUACCCGAGUCAAUAGAAUUUGAAAAAAUGUCAUCAGAAGAGAAUCUUUUUACUUUAAAAGACUGUGAAGAACUCCUUGAAACUAUUAACGUCAAUUCAAGAAUUAUGCAACGGGAAAAUUCCUCGCAAGUGAGAUAUUUCCCAGAAAUGGACGUGGAAGAAAUUAAAUUGGAAUGUCCAUUCUGUAGUGAACAAUUUUUAGACGAAGUUUCGCUUAAAGAACACGAAAGAAACUCCCAUCCGUCAGAAUAAUUAAUUCUGGACAACAAAUUCUCAAAAUUUAUUAAAUUAAUAAGAUUUCGGAUUAUUAAUAUUUUGAUAUCUAAUAACGGAGGAAAAAUUGAAUUAUCGGGACAGGAAGCUCAGUGACAGCUCGCGAUAUAUGUGAAAUCGUCGUAGAAAGUAUACAUCUAAUUUAAUUUAUAGCAAAAAUUAUU